UUUUGAAAUAUUUUAUCUCUCUAGUACAGCGGAGAUGACGUCGAAGGUCUCACGGCGUCCUUAGAAGCCACGGGCGUCGAAUCCGUUGAUAUGUUGUUGACAUUAGUUGCUUAGUUGGCUAGCUAGCUGCUAACGAUCCAGCUAAUUACGUUGGUGUGUCUUUAUCCUGCAUUCUGGAAAAUGCUAUGAUGCCACAUGAACGUUAAUUCCUCGACCUACCCUCACUGAGAGAGGAUUCUAAAUCGUCAAGCGGACACCAUGAGUGCAGCUGCUCUCCAGAUUGGAGACCAGCUAAUCCUGGAAGAGGACUAUGAUGAGAACUAUAUCCCUUCUGAGCAAGAGAUCCUGGAGUACGCCCGGGAGAUCGGGAUAGAUCCGGAACGAGAGCCAGAACUCAUGUGGCUGGCACGUGAGGGCAUCGUUGCCCCCCUGCCAGCUGAAUGGAAACCCUGUCAGGACGUGACGGGGGACGUUUACUACUUCAACUUCUCUUCGGGCCAGUCCACCUGGGACCACCCGUGCGACGAGCAGUACCGCCGCCUGGUGGUCCAGGAGCGAGAGCGCGCCCAGGCCCACGGCGGCCCCGCCAAGAAAGAGAAGAAGAAGAAGAAGGAGAAGAAGGAAAAGAAAGUGAAGAAGGGGAAGGAGGUCAUCAAAGCCCCCGCACCCUUGAGCUCGGCACUGGGGCCCCUGACGGCCCCCCUGGGCUCCCUGGCCCCACUCCGGGGCCUGUCGAGCGCCCCCAUCCCCUCUCUCAGGGGCUCCGCGGGCAGCUCGGGGGGGCUGGAGCCCCUGAAGACGCCGCUGGGGGUGAGUGACAUCUCUGCCCGAGCUGACGCAAGGCCAAAACCAGCCGCUGCCUCCCUCUCCACUUUGAGCUCUAGCUUACUGGGCGGGAGGCAGGAGGAGAGAGUGUCUCUCUCUUUGCCCGGGUUCGAGGAUGAUGAGGAGAAAGUCUCAGAGAACGAGUUUUCUCGUGGGACAGGUCGUCUGCUGCAGAACCUGCAUCUGGACCUGGAUGCACUGGGAGGGGGUCUUCAGUAUGAGGACAGUGAGGCCAGCGUUUCAGGCCCCGCGGAAGAGAAGACAGACCCAGAGCUCCAGGACCUGGCCCUGUCCCCUGAACACAGCCCAGACCCCCACUCCCAGGACUCUGUGAAUGGGCGGCACCUCCACUCCUCUCCACUGGGGGGCAGCAGAGGUGGCAGCAGUGCCGCAGCCUGCCCCCCCACGCCCAGGCAGCAGCCUCCCAGCCUGAGCGAGAGAGAGGGGGACGAGGAGGAAGGCAAAGACGACGAAGAAGGAACCGCCGCUCUGGAGGAGGUGCUGGACGAGGCGGGCACAGGGAGCAGGAGGGAGGAGGAGGAGAGAGGAGCACAGAGUGAAAGAGAGGGGAAGAGCGUAAAGGCAGGGGGAGGAAAGGAGAGCGGUAGAGCCGUGGAGAGAAGCACGGAAAUGGCGGACGAGCAGGAGGCUGAAGAGAGUGAGGAGGAGGUGGAGGAGGAGGCCAAUGAGGAGCCGCACAGGCGCACGCUGACUGACGAGGAGGGGGGCGAAGAGAGCGAGGAGGUCGUGGAGGAGUGUGUAAAGAGCGAGGGAGAGGAGGGGAGGGGUGAAGGGGAGGACGUGAGUGAGGAUGUGGAGAGGAGUUUGAGGAGCAAGGAGGCGCUGGAGCAGAGCGUUCGGAGCAACCAGGAGGGCGAGGCGGGGGGAGCGUCUGAGAGCAGAGAGGGAGAGCAGGGCGGAGCUGGGGACAGCGAGGAGGAGGAGGAGGACAGGUUGGAAAAGAAAGAGGGGAGCGAGCAGGAGGAAGAGCAGGAAGAGGGUGACUGGUCUGAGAGCAGCGAGGGGCCCAUGGCGAAGGAACGGGCCCCCACCCCGGACCCCCGCCCUGCCGAGGGCUCGGAGGCCAGCGAGCACAUCGAGGCGGCCUCGUCCUCCACCGACGACCCCAAGGCCGGGUUCCGCUCCAAGCUGCUGGAGAACGUUCUGAACCUGGAGGACCUCUCUCCUGCAGAACCGGAACCCCCGCUGAACAAGGCCUCUGACAAAGCACAGAGAGAAGCGAAGGAGAAAGAGGAGGAGGAGGAGAGGCGGAAGAGGGCGGAGGCGGCAGAGAGGCGCCUACAGAGGGUAGUCAGGGAGGAACCAGCCAAUAGGAAGCUCUCCCAGAGCGACGAAUCCCAGGCCAGCUCAUGCUCGGAGUCCCGCCCACAGGCGGAGCCCCCAGAGGCUGAGCGGAUGCUGAGCUCCAGAGAGGAGGCCCCAGGUGUGGACGGGCGUGGUCGGGCGGGGGCGGUGCUGGAGCGGAGACAGCUGAGGGAGGAGACGGAGAGGGAGGUGGUGGAGGAGAGAGGCAGAGCCCUGCGGGACAGGGGGGAGAGGCUACAGCGCCUCCGGGAGGAGCUCAGCAAGGAGGAGAGAGAGCAGGAGCAGAGGCUGAAGGAGGAGAACGAGGAGAGACUCAGGACUCUGAGACGGCGCCUCCAGACUGAGAGGCAGGAGGAGGAGUCCAGGCUGAGGCAGGAGGCGGAGCUCCGACUGCAGGAGCUGCAGGAGUCUGAACUGAGAGAGAGAGAGAAGCAGGAACGCAAACUCAGGGAGGAGGGGGCAGCCAGGCUACGGGUGCUGCAGGAGGCUCUGGAGGCGGAGUGGAAGGAGGAGAAGGAGAAGCUGGAGGAGAGGAGGAAGCAGGAAGUGGAACGUUUGCGGCAGGAUGCGGAAAAAGACCUGCGAGCGGAGAAAGUACAACUGCAGAAGGAGCGAGAGGAACAGCUGGGCUCCGUCAGAGCAGAGCGGAGGAGCAGCCAGAGCCGGUUGGAAGUGAGGAGCCCACGGCAGGAGCAGCACGUGGCUGAGUACCAGAGAGAGCUGGGUGACAUGUUGCAGGAAGUGAGAGAGGAGGUACAGAGGGAGCACAACAGGAAGUUGGAGCAACUGAGGGAGGAGCAUCGCAGCGAGCUGGAGUCCAUUCGGGAGAAACACCUGGAGGAGGAGAGGCUGCAGAGGGAGCGGUUGCUGGGGGAGCUGCAGGAGGAGAGAUCGCGGCUCAGGACCUCCCACAGCUCCCAGCUGGAGGAGCUGCGCUCACAGCUCGACUCCCGCCUGCAGGAGACCCACCGCACACACACGCAAAAGGAAAAUGAGCUGCAGGAGUCUGAGCAGCAGCUGGAGCUCAGGGCCAAAGAGCUGAAGACCCAGAAUGCAAGGCUGCAGGCUCAGGCGGAAGAUGUGAGGAAGAGGAGGGAGCAGCUCAGGGGUGAAGAGGGAGAGGUGGAGAGAGGAUUGAAGUCUCUGCCUCGCGUCCUGGAGGAGAGAGACGCGCUGCGGGAGGAGGUGGAGCGGGCGAGGGAGGAGGGCCGAAGGCUGAAGGAGCGGAACGGCCAUCUGGAGAACAAAGUGGAGCUUCUGCAGGCGCGCUGUGAGCAGCUGAGUCACAGAGUCAGUGACAUUGAGCUGGUCGAGAGGCAGCGGCAGGCCUCCCCCAGACAGCAGGGAGAUGAGGGGAGAGGGAGAGAGAGAGAGGGGAAGAGGAAGGAGAAAGAGGCACCCACAGCACCCCCUGCUGGUCAGGAAGAGGCCCUGCAGCUGGAGGACCUGGAGCCCCCCCAGGCCGCCUCCACGCCACCCCUGUCCCGGGACAGCGAGAACAGCUUGGACGACGUGCGGCAGUACCUCUCCUCAGAGGGCGUGUCCCUGCAGAAGGCCCGUCGCUUCCUGGAGAGGCAGAGCGGCAGUCUGUCUGAGAGACAGGCAGCGCUGCGGGCAGCCCGCACCAGCUGGGCUCAGGACCCCAGCAGGGACACAAUCACUCAGGACCUGUUCAGGAACCUCCAGCAGGAGGCCAGUCACCUGGAGCAGCUGAGGGCCACAGUGCAGAGGGGCCAGACUCUCCUGCGCAGGAAAGAGGAGAGACUCAACCAGCUGGAGACCUCCCUGCAGGAGGAGCUGUCUGAUGAUGAGGGCAUUAGAGAGACGGCUGGCAGGAGAGUGACCUUCGAGGGCAGCGAAUCAGAGCUGAGCAGCAUCGAUGCCCUGGACGGCGCUGGUCCCCUCCCCACGGUCCCGGCCAAAGUGCAGCAGCUGGCCGACUCCCUGCAGCACAUCUCGGGCCAGCUCAACAGCGUGCUGGGGGCCCUGGGCACCCUGGCCCACAGGCAGGGGCCUGCCCUGCCUCCCUACGGCCCCCUCUCCUUCCCCCUGUCCCGCCCCCCCGCCCCUGGCCCCGUCCCCUCCUCCGCAUGGGCCCCUCCCAGCAGCGGCUCCCUGUCGCGGGGGCUGGGGGACGCGCUGGGCGGCCGGUGGGCGAGGCUCUUUCCCGCAGGAGCUGUGGACACAAAUGGAUUUCCCUCCACAGGCAGUCACUCGGCAUACUCUGCAUACACUCCAGCCAGUCUGUGCUCCAAGCAGCCCGUUUCCGUGGAGGUGGACGGCCAGCGCCUGCAGGCCCGUAUCGAGGAGACCAAGCGGUGGCUGGAGAGCCGCAGGAAGGAGUCCAGCGUACCCCUCCUCUCCCGCUACCGGAACCCCCCUUCCCUGAGUGGACUGGUCCAACUCAGCCUGGAUGAGAAUAACCAGAUAAAGGUGUACCAUUACUGAAAACGGGGGAAGGCGCAAAGAAGAGUAGACUUGUGUCUGUUUGUGUGUUGCAUGUGAAGAGGGAACUUCCUCAUGUCGGCACGGAUGCUGGUGUUCCCCCCAGGGCUGCCGGUUUCUCGGGUGUGGCUCUGCGUUCGUGCAGGUGCCCAGCCCUCUGUUCACUGGGGGCGGGCAUCGCCAGUGCCAUUCCCGGGUAGGCGCUGGUGCUGGUGGUCCGUCCUCCUGUGAGUUAGCAAUCAUGCCCCUCUGACAUGCACUGUUCAGGGACCUGUGACUUCACUUCCUCAUUCGGCUAGGAUCCAAUCACCUGUCAGCAUCCCGGACAGUGACCUUGUGUGACUUCGGGUGCUGAUUCAAGACCACUGGCAAAAAUUAAUGUUGUAACUUCAAAAUGUUACAACAGUUUCCCUAAGAGAUAAACCGAUACCACCGAGGAAGAAAACAAAUUGUACUGCUUUUAUUUCUUUCUCAAUGUUUCAUGUUAAUUCAGCAUUAUCAAAAACAUUCUUUAACAUUAUGAUUUACUUGCUUUCUUGUUACCCAAAAUAGUAAGUCACGGAAUUGUAUACGUUCGCUGAUUUGAAAGCUUUCAGUAAAAUACGCAAAUCCCUGGUAAAAUGUUGGUUGCGCAUAAAUAUUGCUGCUAUUUUGGCCCAGGUCUCUUGAAAUAUGUGUCAGUGGGCCUGCCUAGUCAAAUAUUUCUUGAAUAACAUGAGGGGGAAAGUCACAGCUGGUUAAAAGUACUUCCAGACGCUCAGUGUCAAUGUUGGUAACGCGAGUAAGCCACCGUUUCUGUGUGUCCUGUGUAGAUACAUUGAGCUAUUUGUGAGUUUUUACUGUAUUUUUCUAAGACAGUUUUCAUCAAAUGUACAGUGUUGUAUAUUAAUAAAACUAGAUUUGUUCAAUCAAAAA